AUGAAGCUGUCAACCAGUGUGUUGGCCCUUUGGCUAUCGCCAUGGCUUGCGGUGGCUGUAAAUGGCUGCAGCGACGACAACUGCGCCCCCGCAACACCAGCUCCCUCUGGCUAUACGCUCGACAUUCCCGCUUCAUACGAGAAUUGCGCCUUCGAUCCGGUGACCGGCGGCGAAUUUCAACUGCUUUUGCCAAAUGUCUAUUCCAUUGUCAACAAGGACGGCAAAGCUGUCCAGGCCACCAACCUGUCUGCGCCAGUGGACCCUUUCACCUUCUCUCAUCCAACUGGGGCACCAGCAGGUCUCUUUGACAUCGUGCUGAAUUCGGGUGGUAAGACGCUACAUCUUGCCGUUUACAAGUCAGGAGCGGUUGGCUUCGUCGACACGAGUUCCAAUGGGCAAACAUACAUCGGCACUGGGGACCAGUACGUCACCACCAUCUGGUCAGUGGAUUGCGAUGGGCUGGUCGUGUCAGGCAUUCUCGGCGGCGAAAGCUUUCAGUUCCUUGUGAAGCACAGCGGCGACAUAGUGGCGACCUCGUCAACGGCAUCCAGCAAGUCUCGGCGCGGCAUCCCGGUUCCAAAAGGAUUUUAUAUCCAAGCCGAGGCCGUUGAAACUCCGCCCGGGACUCAAUGCCCUUCCCCCGUCCAACAUGCUACUACCAAGAACCCUCCGGUUCCGGUGUCGUCGAACGGGUGUGGGGUCAAGGGUUUCUGGGGCCACUUUGUGCCGGAACUGGACUUUGGCGAAGCUUGCCGCUUCCAUGACGUCUGCUGGCCCGACUGUUCUCAGAAUUUCACUACCUGCAACACCGAGUUUCUGAACCGUAUGAAUGCCAAAUGCAACGACAAGUACAAACCGGGCAUCGGCCGCAAGAUCUGUCUCAAGCUCGCCAAGUUCUACCACUCGACAGUCUCCGGUAAAAAGGGCUCGGAAACCUUCACCAAAAUGACUCAGAAGUUCUGUGACUGCACUUGCAACGACCCCAACCUCACGACGUGCCAGGACCAGUGCGUUGAUACUAGGACGGAUCCGAAGAACUGCGGCAGCUGCAACUUCAAUUGCCCCUCGGGCUCCUGCAUAAACGGCACCUGCUCCUUCAACUCCUGCGCCGGCCAGAAGUGCGGCAGCUUCGGGUCCUGCGGCCCGGGCGGUGCCUGCGUCUGCGCCUCCGUCACGGGCGGCACGGGAUUCUGCGUCAACGGCAACACGCCCUGCAGCGUGCUGUCCUCUUGCGAUAACAGCAAUAACUGCCCGCUGGGCGAGGUCUGCGCCGUCGACACAUGCUGCGGGCGUAACGUGUGCAUCAGGACGGACUCGUGCGGUGGGUUCAACUUGCCCGGAAGCCGCCUGUUUGCGCCGCCGGUCACGACGCAGAGGGGGGAUGCGACCAUUGGGUACUUGGCGGAAGACAAUUAG